GGGUUAACGGAGCCGGUCCGGAUGAUAAUUCAGGUUCCACCAAAAACUUUUAAAACUAAUAACAAGCCCAUCCACUAUCCAGAGCAGUAUAAUCGUAAGCUUCAAACACAAAAGAAAUACUUCAAUUUAACUCAUCGUUAUCAGUUAUAACCGGAACAAACCGAUAGGGGACCAUUGGAUCAAACCGUCUCGAACCGGUAACCCUAAAAUAGUCUGGUUCUUGAAAUUUCGGUGAUCCUGCAACGUUUCUUCUCAUCGAUUUUGACCGGAAGCUCCUUGAUUCAAACAAGACUUUUCUUAUCGGGGAAGAUCAGACGGAACAGAAGAGAUCUCUGUGUUUACAAAAGUAAUUCCUUGAUUAUAGCAAGCAAAGAAUAAAGGGUAAAGGUGUAGACUUUGCUUCUCUCCUUCAAAGUCCACGCGAUUCUCACUGUCAGCCUCUGCGAAAUUUCCAGUCUUUCUCGCAUUUUCCCUCGUAGCAGCCGUCAAUUUCAACUGGGUCUAAGUAAUCUUGUGAAGACUCAAUGACAGAGAUAUUUAGUGACACCGGGUUCAGACAGUUAACUCAAAUGUUCCUGGCGAUAAUCUUCUUCCACACAUCGGAGUACAUUCUCGCCAUAGCCAUUCACGGAGCAUCGAAAGUAACUUUAAGCUCACUCUUAAUCAGCAAACACUAUGCUUUAGCAAUGCUAAUAUCAGUCCUCGAGUACAUAGCCGAGAUUGUUUUCUUCCCGGGGCUGAAACAACACUGGUGGAUCAGCAAUUUCGGUCUUACAAUGAUCAUACUUGGAGAAAUCCUUCGCAAAACCGCGAUAAUCACAGCAGGUAGAUCGUUCACACACCUUAUAAAAAUUCGCCGGGAGGAGCAUCAUAAGCUUGUGACAGAAGGAGUGUAUCAAAUCAUGAGGCAUCCGAGUUACUCCGGGUUUCUCAUUUGGUCUGUGGGAACGCAAGUAAUGCUCUGUAAUCCAAUUUCAGCGAUUGCGUUUGCGGUUGUGGUGUGGCGGUUCUUUGCAGAGAGAAUACCUUAUGAGGAGCAUUACUUGAAGCAAUUUUUUGGGAGACAGUAUGUGGAGUAUGCGCAGAGAGUUCCUUCUGGUGUUCCUUUUGUAAACUGAUCCUUAGAUCAAUUGUGAACAUAUACGAGCAUUGUUUGAUUACCUUUUACAUAGAAAAUUAUGAAAGAGAUGUUGUUACUCAUGUUUUCAGUUAAUGUUCUCUUGUCAAUGUCUUUGUGUUUCUUUUUUUUUAUUGCUAAAUAAUUUGGAUAUUAUUCCAAAGACUCUGCCUGAG